GCUGUUGCCCGCAGGUUUUUUUUCUAUAUCAACAAAACAUUGAAAAUGGAGGGGACUAUUUGCAACAUCCAAGUGCUUCUUCGGGCUGCUGAGUUUCUGGAAAGAAGAGAGCGAGAAGCAGAACACGGCUAUGCUUCAGUGCUGCCUCUCAGUCCAGGUUUCUCCGAUAAAAGAAGCAAACAGAAGAGCAAAAAGCUAUCUCCUGGUGGCAAUAGGUCAGUUCACAACGAGUUGGAAAAAAACAGACGAGCUCAGCUGAGGUACUGUCUGGAGCAGCUCAAGAAGCAAGUUCCUCUGUCGUCUGACUCAAUGAGAAACACCACCCUCAACCUCCUGAGACGAGCCCAGCUUCACAUAAAGAAGCUGCAGGAGCAGGAUGAGCGUGCAGAGCAGCAGAAAGGCCGCCUGCGCUGGGAGCAGAGAGAGCUGCAGGUUCGGCUGGAGCAGCUGCAGAGAGGCACGGAGAGGAUGAGGAACGACAGUCAGGGGUCGACCAUGUCCUCUGAGAGGUCGGACUCCGACAGAGAGGAUGUGGAGGUUGAUGUGGAAAGCAUCGUGUUUGAUUGUGUGGACUCUGAUGGACUGAGCAUUACGCACACUGAGGCAGACCACUGUUACUCAAGUAUGGACAAAGCCUGGCUAUGACAGCAGUAAACCCCAUGGUAACUGGUUUAAUAUUACUAGGUAAGGAGGAAGAAGAGAAAACAUUCCAAAAACAAGCAAACAGAGGACGAAGGAGAAUGGAGGAAGAUGUUACUGUACAACUGAACACAAGUUUUGACAGAAGGAGUACCUUUUUGACAUUCUCUUUUCACAAUGUUUGACUACAAGCUAAAGGAUAAUGUUGGUUAUGAAUGAGCUGUUUCCACUUUGCACUGAAUAGCAGUUAAAAUCACUGGGCUGGGAUGGAUGUAUCAUUGAGAGUGUAUUUUUUUGGCAUUAACAAUUGAUGGAAACAUUUUCCAAAGCCAUGAGUUGUCUGUAACUUUACGUAAUUCAAGCAAUUCUAUUCAUUUGCCUUUUAAGGGCUUUUAUCCAAAUAAGGGCUUUUUUUAAAUAGAAAACUCUUUAACUUAUUCUUUACUACAGUAUGCCUAUAUUGAAUUUUGCCUUAAAUCAUAUUUGGUCUACUCUAUACGGCUUCUCUUUAGGACUAAGUUUAUAUUCAGUAAUGUCAUGUGUAGCAUGCACUUAAACAUUAAUCUGCUAUGUUUUGUGUAAGUGUCUCAUUAUGUAAGUUGAGUCGUGAAUUUUGUUAUUUUUCUUCUGUUGCACAAAACGUCCACUCAUUGCACUUGUUUUGUCUCAAAAGGGUUGUGAGUAUAUCAAGAGGAAAACAGUGAACAAAAAUUAACUAGUCAUUUUUGCACAUUUAUAUCUGGCAAUUACGCAACUGUGCCAAAUAUUAAUUUGGUGUAUUUGUACGAUUGUUUCAAAUUUAGUGCAAGGACUUUAAUGCCUGUGAUAAAGACGAUCAAGUGAGAGCAUGAAAGAUGUCCUUGCACAGGUCUUAUAUUUUAUUCACUGCUUUGUUAAGAAGUGUUCAGCAUUGCAACUGUACACUUCGUUGCUUGUGCAUUUGUCAGUGAUAAUUUUGCAUGCAGCUAAUUCACCAGUCAGGAAGGUAAAUGUCUACUUGUAAUUAUGCAAUUUGAGCUGAAUUACAAGUACUGUAUGUAUCUUAUUCAUUGCUAUAUAUUUAAUAACAAGGCACAUUUUGCCCUGACUUUUGUAUAUGCAAAAUGCCUUCAUUACCUUUUUUAAUAGUAUGUCUGCAUUCAUCUGUCUGUCCGCCCAGUAAUAUUAUGUAGCAAUUUUGUACUGGUGUAAGGUUUUUUUUAAUGAAUAAAUAUUUUCUAU